GUGGAGACUAUACGGUAUAAAUACCGCUCCGGUGCCGGACAACGUCACAUGUCUGCCCACCUUCACAACGGAACAAUGUGGAACUUUACACGGCUGACUCUCGCCCUUCUCUGUGUUGCCGUUUUGGCACGGGGAGCGAGUCUCCCUGUCGGCACCACAGAGGCUGACUGUUCCCAGUACAACUUGCCCAUGUGUCCCCGCAACUACGAGCCAGUGUGUGGAAGCGACGCCAGCAGCUACGCUAACGAAUGCAUGCUGUGCUUUGAAAACAUGGAGCAGAAGAGUAACGUUCACAUCAGGAGUAAAGGAGAGUGCUGAACCAAUACAUGACCUGACUGUCCAUUGUCUCAGCGACACACCAGGCCUUCAACAUUACUUAGAACCAUUUCCUGUUGCCUUGUCAAAACAAUGACAUUUUAUUUUUGCCUGCUAAAUGCUGAGGAGUCAGUAAGCGACCUGUCAAGUGCCUCAAUAUCCUCUGAACCAUUUCCUCAACACCUGUUUCCUUUUCCAAACUGUACGGACUUCCUGUCUGUCAUAGUGUUCUGUAGAGGACUUAACCCUUCACUACCUGGUCUGUAAGACUUGUAGUGUACUUGGUGGAAAAAUUGUGUUAUUUUAAAUGGAAUAGUCUAUUUGUAUUUUACUUGUCUACCUUAUCUGUAAUUAAAACUAUUUUAGGAACGUGUUUCCUUGUCACCUG